AUGACCUCGUCUGCAGAUGAAGAAACAGUUGGAUUGGGGCAAGGAGAGCGUGAACACAAAGAAGUCACUCCGCAGGAAACUGCCGAGGAAUCUGGAUCCCAGCAGAGCUCUCAAUUAGUAAAAACUUCUGCUGAGAAAAAUCCUAUUCCAGGACCUUCAUCAGAGGGACGCAAAGGUCGGAAUUUGAAGAGGAGCAACGACCGCGCCGAGGACACCCACGGAGCAAAACAAAAGAAAAAAUCUACUUCUACAGUGUCGGACUCGGACGAAAGCAAAAAAGAAGACAAGAGUGACGCGCAAUUCAGGAUAGAAGGAACCCCAAGUGGAGCCAUUGAUCCGUGUCCGCAACACAAAGGCAGCUCUCGGUCCUGGAAACAAUUAAUUCAAAGCCAGGAGGCUUCUGGAACUGAGAGAAUUGUCGGUGAGGAAGACCCGAAGCCUGGACCUUCAUCACAGGUGAACAAGAAUCGGAAUUUGAAGAGAAUCAACGACAAUGGAAACGAAGGAAAUGAGCAUGGAGCAAAUCCAAAGAGGGACAAUAAUCCGCAGCAGUUCCCUAAUCAAAACUAUCAGUUGCAGUCAGAUGAUCAAAUUGGCGGCAAUUACCAACGCUGGGAGUACGAUGAGACAAUGAACCAGCAGGGUCAGGUCGAAGAAUGGCAGCCUCGACAAACCCUUGGAGACGGAUAUCAGCAUUAUCAUGACGCUCAUCAAGUUCCCAAUAUGCCUUACGACAAUUAUGUACAGUCAUAUUAUCAAGAUUUUACUGAACAGACCAACGACUUCGCGGGUCUUUUUCCCGCCGGAACUGAGCAGUCGUCGAACUCACAGCCUAACGCUCAAAAUUACCAGGAAACACCAGAAAACGAAGGCGUCGGAAGUUUGUAUGUCCAACAAAGCCAGUUCCUUCCUGAUUCCAGCCAAUUUGCCAAUCCGCAGCCUUUUCUAUACUACGUUCCAGCGCAGCAACCAUACCAGAUCUUCCAAAACGUGUUAGAAAUGGAUGCCAAUCACGUUUCAAAUGUCGUGCCUGAGGAGCGAGAACAAAAUGAAGUUCCUCUGCAAGAACCUGUCCAGGAAUCUGAAUCUCAGCAGAUCUCGGAACCCGGGAUGACUGAUGCUGAGAAAAAUCCUCUUCCAGGUCCUUCAUCAGAGACAAACAAUGUUCGGAAUUUGAAGAGAAAAAACGAUCGUGCCAAGGAAACCCACGGAGCCAAUCCAAAGAAAAAAUCCACUUUGCCAGAUACAGACUCUUAA